AUGCGCAGCCUCUGCAUGUCACGCCUCGGCCCUUCCAUUUGCGCUUUGCAUCGUGCCUUCGCCUUGCACCGCCACGCGGAAGAGACUUCCGCGGAGCAGCAGAGCGCGCAACCCCCGCCCGCCGACGAGGUCGACGAUCCAUGGCAGCUGAGCGGCGCGUCCGCAGAUGAUCCGGGACGGUCUAGUGGCGUGCCGCUUGAAACGUGUGCGAGGGACCGUGGGCGGCAGCGGCGGUGGCUGUUAGAGGGCGGCGGCGGUCGCGUGCAGACGUGGUUCUGGCAUCGUGUCCUCGGAGCGAGCAUCAGAGCCGUCGAGCUGCAGUGGUGGCCUAACGGCGGCGAGAUCUUCCGCCAAAGUCUGAUAGCGGCCAGGCGCAGCAAGCAGGGGGAGGGUGGGGUGGUGACGGCGCCGCUUUUGCCCAUGGCAGCGCCGCCCGUUGCGGGCGUGUGUCCGUACGACGAGACGGCCGUCAGCGCGCUGGAGUCGCUGGAGCGCACGGGGCAUUCCGCCACCGAGGCGGGCACAUGGCAGGUCAUCAUUGGCGGGCUGAUGCGCAGCGGGCAGGCGGUGAUGGACGUGGUGUUGCUCAACACCGCCACCAUGGCCAUGCGCCACCCGCUCGUGCACGUCUUCGCCGACGACUCCCCUCCGCUCCCCCGCUUCCGCCACACCGCCGUGCCAGUGCGCGUCGCGGAGUCGUUCCGCCAUGGAUUUGCGGGGCCCGCGGACCCCGUGCUGUUCGUGUUCGGCGGGUAUAACCUACAGGUGCGCGCACCCAUGCACUCCACCGUGCUGCCUUGUGGCCCCGCCGCCGCCUUUCUAAAUAAGUCUCGAAUCAAAUUCGUCAAUGGGUUCGUCCGUGGGACUUACUUCCUGGCGACGCGCUCACUUGAUUUCUUGCCCAUGGCUCGUCUGUCGCAAACGCUUUCCCUCAACCAGCCGCUCUUUCCCGGUGCUCUCUCGUCCUCCUCCCCCCCGCAUUGCGGGAAGCAGGGCGGUGUGUACGGCGCGGAGGAGUCGUUCUUCCUCGCCGUGACGGACGACGGUCGCCGCGUCGUCGGCGAGGGCGCGCAGUUGAACGACUGGGCGGAUGAGGCGGACGAGCAGACGAGUGGAUGGGAUGCGGCGGAGAGGGAAGUCGGGGAGGCGGAGCUAGCGCUGAACGAGAGUGGUGCGCAAGCGCGCUCUCCGAACGGCACCCGCCCUUUCGCGCAUGAGCUUCUCGAACGGCGGAGGCGCAUUGCUGCGCAGUCCGGGCAGCAAGACCCGCGUUCCGCCGCGGGAUGGUGCGCCGGCGGGUCGAGCAGCAGCUCGCUCAAUGGCGGGGCGAGCGCGCUCGUGCGCGCUGCAGGAGCGGUCGAUGGCCUUCGUCUGAAAACGUCCGGGGAGCACGCGGAGAGCGGGGAUAGCGCUGGCGUGCGCGCGGGCGAAGCGGAGGGCGCGGUGGCGUACAGAGAAGCGGACGGGGAAUCGGGCGCGUGGGGGACGGACGAAGGCGAGGGAGGCGCGGAGCGCGGGGAAAGAAGCGGGGAAGGGGCGGGGGAGCGCGCGGUGGUGGUGUAUGUGCUGGACGUGGCGCGCAUGGCAUGGCGCAGAGUGGUCACGCGGGGGCGCGGCCCAGGCGUGCGCUUCCUGCACUAUGCGUGCACACACUCGGAGUGUGAGGAGGGGCGGGAGCGACUGGUGGUGUUUGGCGGGUACCGCGAGAAGCACGAGGAGAUGGAGGACAUGCAGGCGUUCACUCUAGACCUAAUGAGCAUGAUGUGGACGCCCCCUCCCCGCCUGCCGCCCGCGUGCGCUGCUCUGCUGCCGCUGCCACGCCAUCGCUCGGGCAUCACCAAGGUGGGGCCGGACCAAGUGCUGCUGAUGGAGGGCACAACGUACGGCACACGGGACUACCUGUCAGACGCGUACCUGCUCAACCUGCACACCCUGCACUGGUCGCCUGUGCGCGUGCAUGGGGCAGCCAUGGCGGGCCCUAGUGCGGGACAUUCAGUGGAGGGGCUGUUGUUGGUGGGUGGCUGUGUGCUCGGCACACUGGGCAUCCAUCCCAUCUCGCGCGUCGACCCCUUGCUGCUUGGCAACUUUGGCUCCCCGGCCCUGCCCCCUGCCUCUUCAUGCCUGCCUUCUUCUGUGCUUGCUGGGAGAACCAAUCAGCUUGCUCCGGCAAAUCUUGCGGCUGAGGUUGUGCCAUCUGGAGCUGGAGAAGCGGCAGGUGUUGCUUGUGAUGGUGGCAGUGGCAAUGGGCCUUUGGAUUUGAUUCUGAGGGUGAGGGAUGUGCGAAAUACGGUGGUGCAACGGAGUGAUUGGGCGGAUGCAGGUAAUGACGACUACAAUUGCACGCGCACUUCGCUGUCCUACCCUCCUUCAAUUCCACGCCCUCCCUUCCUCCCGCUCCCACUUCCUUCCCUCUCCUUUUCCCCUCCCUUGCAACCACUCCCCCCUCUCACUCCCCCGCAUCUCCCCCGCAUCUCCCCCGCAUCUCCCCCGCAUCUCCCCCACAUCUCCCCCGCAUCUCCCCCGCAUCUCCCCCGCAUCUCCUCCGCAUCUCCUCCGGUCGCGCGCGGCGCAGAGGAGGAGGAUCCGCUCGCCGCGAAUUACGGCGAUCUGCCGCCCGACGAGGUGCAGUCGAAGCACGUGUCGGGGCGGCAGUGGACGCGCGUGGCGGACCUGGUUCCCGCGCGCGCGGGGGAGGUGGUGCUGGUGCGCGGGCGCGUGCACAACGUGCGCGCCAAGGGGAAGAUGGGGUUCAUCGUGCUGCGCGAGGGCGGGUGCACGGCGCAGUGCGUGCUGGCGGUGGGCGCGGAGGGCGCGCACGUGAGCAAGGGCAUGGUGAAGUACGCGGCGGGGCUGAGUCGCGAGAGUGUCGUCGACGUCACGGGCGACGUCGUGCUGCCGGAGAAGCCCAUCGAAUCCACGUCGCAGCAGGUGGAGCUGCAUGUGCGGUCGGUGCACGCGGUGUCGCGCGCGCUGGCAGUGCUGCCACUCAACAUUGACGAUGCGGCGAGGAGCGAGAAGGAGAUCGAGGACGCCGAGAAGACGGGGGUGCAGUACGUGAGGGUGGGGCAGGACACGCGGCUGAACCACCGGGUGCUGGACCUGCGCACGCCCGCCAACCAGGCCAUCUUCCGCGUGCAGUCCGCCGUGGGGCAGCUGUUCCGCGAGUACCUCACGGCGCAGGGCUUCAUGGAGAUCCACACGCCCAAGCUCAUCGGCGGGUCCAGCGAGGGCGGCGCCGCGGUGUUCCGGCUGGACUACAAGGGGCAGGCGGCGUGCCUGGCGCAGUCGCCGCAGCUGUACAAGCAGAUGGCGGUGUGCGCAGACAUGGCGCGCGUGUUUGAGAUCGGGCCCGUGUUCCGUGCCGAGGACUCGUUCACGCACCGGCACCUGUGCGAGUUCACUGGCAUGGACUUCGAGAUGCAGAUCACUGAACACUACUCCGAGAUAAUGGACGUGAUAAACGACCUCUUUGUGCACAUAUUCGAUGGGCUCAACACACGUUGGGCCAAGGAGCUAGCCGCCAUCAACCAGCAGUACCCCUUUGAACCGCUCAAGUACACCAAGGAGGGAGUGCGCAUCACAUUCCCUGAAGGCUUGGCUCUGCUCAAGGAGGCGGGGUACGAGGUGGAUGCGUUUGGAGACAUCAAUACGGAGCAGGAGAAGAAGCUGGGCGAGCUGGUCAAGCAGAAGUAUGGCGUGGAUUUCUACAUCAUGCAUCGCUACCCCCUGGCUGUUCGUCCAUUCUACACCAUGCCAUGCCCGGACGAUGGCCGCUACACCAACUCAUUUGAUGUCUUUAUUCGCGGCGAGGAGAUUCUUUCCGGAGCGCAGCGAGUUCACGACGCAGACUUCCUUGCCCGGCGCGCCACAGAGUGUGGGAUUGACGUCAAGACCAUUGCGCCUUACAUUGACUCCUUCCGGUUCGGCGCUGUGCCUCACGGAGGCAUUGGUGUGGGUCUGGAGCGAGUGGUGAUGCUCUUCUGUGGCCUCAACAACAUUCGCAAGUCAUCCAUGUUCCCCCGUGAUCCUCAGCGUCUUGCACCUUAA